CAACGGAUGGUUUAAAGAUGUCCCAGUGUGGGGAGAGCUGGGGCAGUCAGGUGACCUCCACCUGUUACAUGAAGACAGUGAAACAGUCGGACAGUGGAGUUUACUGGUGUCAAUCAAAACAGGGACACAGCAGCAACCCUGUCAACAUUACCAUCACCAGUGGUUCAGUGAUCCUGCAAAGUCCCGUCCUCCCUGUGGCGGCAGGAGACAACAUCACUCUGCUCUGUAAAAAAAAGACUGGUCCCAGCAACCUCCCGGCUACUUUCAAUAAAAAUGGCUUCCAAAUUAGGGAGACGCCCAAAGGUCACAUGACCAUCCACAACUUCUCCAAGCAAGAUGAAGGAGCCUACGAGUGUAACGUCAGUGCCCAGGAAAAGUCUCAACUCGCCUGGCUGCUGAUUAAAGAUGAUUUGGGGCCAGUGUCUCUGUCAGUGUCUCCCGACUGGUCACAGCUGAAGRAGUAUGAAAACCUGACUCUCAACUGUGCAAACUACAGCCACUCACAUGGAUGGACCAUCAAGAGGUCCACUUCCACAAGCGAGAGCUUGUCCAACUGUGAAGACUGGGGGAAUCACACACCCACUGGCUGCCUCAUAAAAWCAGUCAAGGAGGCGGACACCGCCAUCUACUGGUGUGAGUCGCCUGCACGGCAGCGGAGCACUUCCAUCAACAUCACAGUUCACAAUGGUCCAGUGAUUCUACGGAGUCCCGCCCUUCCAGUGGCGGCRAAAGAGAACGUCACUCUGUUCUGUAUAAUUACGACCUUUCCCGACAACCAUCCAGCUGUUUUUUAUAAAAAUGGCGUUUUUCUGAGGGAGACGCCCACACACCAAAUGACCAUACACUUCGUCUCCAAGUCUGAUGAAGGAGUCUACAAGUGCAAAAUCAAUGACAAGGAGUCUCCACCUGCCCAGCUGUUUGUCACAGGUGGGGUCAAAGAUGGAUCCAUCCAACACUCCCUCAUCACGUUGGUCAUCAUCCGCAUCGUGGUCAUCUUGCCAUACGUUGUCUCAACGCUGCUCCUGGUGUUCGUUKGCCGACAGAGGUCCACAGAAAUCGCCCGGCCUGUUUCCCUGACAAAGCCUCCACCUGGCGAGGACGACGAAGGAUUGGAGCACGAUGUUGUCGCUGACAUCACCACCGAGCAUCACUUCUAAGCUUAACGUUCUCUCUCAUGUUGUUUGGUUGUUUGUGUUUACAUUCUCCUGUUUAAUCARUCCAAUGAGAUGUUUUCA